UAUCCAGAAGCUAAAACAACCGAAAAUGACAACUGGCCAUGCAGUGGUUGUUUGGGAAUGGGAGAAUAGGCAAUGUAGAUGGAGACCAUACAGUCCUGAAGUAUCUCAGUUGCUUGAAAGAGCAAAUGUUAAAAGACUUACCAGAGUAAUGCUUAGUGAUGCAGACCCUUUAUUAGAUAAAUACUACAUCAAUUUGAGGACAAAGCACCAAUGUUCAGAAGAAACAGAAACAGGUGGACCACACAGGGUCCGUAGAAUGUGUUAUCCGCCAGACUCUCCUGCUGGUAAGGGAGUGAGGUGGGAGUGGGCCGGAGAUUCGCCUGGAGAAUGGCACACCUACGACAUGGAGGUGCAGUCACUCAUAGAAGCUGCUUGGGCCAAGGGUGACCAGACGAUAGAUGUCAGCAAGACUUAUCUAGGGUUUCCCUACAUCAUCAACUUCUGUAACCUCACCCAAGUACGCAACAACACAGGGUUCGUGAGAAGCAUUAGAAGAGUGCAGCAAGCUCCGUACCCUUUAGUGAAGGUGUCCCCUGAGGAGAUUACUGCGAUCAAAGGUUUGAGGAAUUCUAGCCAAAAUCCACACCAACAGUCACGCAGGGGUGACCAUCAUGAGAAAGGCGUUUCUGGGAACGGCUGCAAAAAACCAAACGGCAAUACAAAUAAUACUCAUUCCACCAUCAAGAAACAAGUGAAGAAAACCAAAAAUGAGAAAGGAGAAGGGCCUAGUAAUAUUGCAAGGACAAUACUAAACAACUUAAAUAUUUUUGGCCACAAAGGAAGUGUGGAGGAGCAGAAGCGCAACACAGGUGUGUUGGACACAGAUUCUAGCAGCACCAAGAGCGGACGACGGCCGAGCGUAGACACCGUGUCUACCUACCUGAGUCACGACAGCGAGAUGCGCACUUCCAGGGCUGACCUGUUGGAUUGCACUGGUAGCAGUGAAGAUGUGUUUGAACCCGGAACUGUUUAUAAGAAGCAAGGUGCAAUAGUUGGAGUGGACGCAGCCAGUGAGGGCAUAUCACAGUACGUGUGCGUAGUACAAGACCAGUGUGAAGGUUUGUGUCCGGUGUGUUUGUGUGAGUUGGACUCUGAUCUGCUGGUUGUUUCACUCACAAGGUGUCAUCAUCGGCUACACCUCGACUGCCUCAACUCCAUGCUCACGAGCCAGCCGAACUCACAUCAGUGGUUAUACAUCCAAUGUCCGGUGUGUAUGACAAUCUAUGGUGAGAAGCGAGGCAACCAACCACCUGGGACGAUGGACACAACACUGUUGCCAACCUCACUACCAGGCUUCCCCGGCACUCACACGAUACAGAUUACAUACCACAUAGUCUCCGGUAUCCAAGGACCAGAGCAUCCCAAUCCAGGUCGGCCGUACUACGCCGUGGGGUUCCCGAGGGUAUGCUACCUGCCGGAUACAGAGAAGGGACGAAGAGUGCUACACCUGCUGAGAGUGGCGUUCCAGCGUAGGCUGACGUUCACCAUUGGACGUUCCGUCACUACUGGCAGAGAGGAUGUCGUCACGUGGAACGACAUUCACCACAAAACUGAGCCUCAUUCCAGGUUUGACCCGGCGUUCCUUGAUAGGUGCUUGGAGGAAUUGGCUGCACAAGGAGUGCUUUGAGAUUUCUAAGUGUUUUAGAACUCAAACUGUUAGGUUGUUUUGUAGAUUCUUUCAACUAUCAUUGAUUCAGGCUCAAGGUUUGAAUGUGACACACCAUGGACCUAACAGAUAGUUGCUGUGCCCUUCCUCGCGAAGGAAUUUUCUCUUCUUUGUGCCCCCAACAAACCAAAAAACCUUAGUCAAAUAUUUACUAAACCAGCCCUAGGUUGGUUUCUGGUUUUAUAGCAAUACAACUAUCAAACUGUACAAUUCCAUGAAAAACUAAAAAUCUAUAUUUUACAUAAGAAAACUGAUUCUUCCAGACAACUAACUGUCUUUUGGCUCUCUCAAUAAAUUUUAAGUUACAGGCGACAUUUUGAAGUGUGCAUCGUUCUAUUAAUAAUGUCCAAUGGCAUUACACGUAUCAAACAAUACAAUUCAAAACAAAAGGAAAAUUUUUAAAAUGAAGUGAUUGUUCUUAUUCAUUGUUGUUACCUUCUCACACAAUUAUAGCUCAUGGGCAACAUUUAAACCUUCGGUGGGGUUUUACCGUACUGUCCAAUAGCAUUACUGGUAUCAAAUAGAGAUGGGGAAUACCUUUACUUUGCAAUAUAAUAGUCAGGUAUGUUCCGUAGCUUUUCAGUAAUAGGUAAAAUAGUACUAUUAUUUUUUACAUCUAAUUAUUUCAUGUCAAGGACUUUUCAGCCGGUUGUUGCUAAUAGGAAGACACGAUCAGUGCUAUUUAAGCUACUCGUUUUAACAUUUCGGAAGACAAUAAAAAUUAUCGUCUUACCAAGGUUUAAUUUUU